CAAUUCUCCAUACAAGGAGAUUGUCUGUCGAGUAGCAGUAUGCGCUAUGAAUAAAAUCCGCGAGACAUGACUAUUAUCUGUGACUUGCCGAGUGCCACUCAAGCUGCACUGCAGAUUCGUAGCAUUGCCGCGAAUUCUCCGAAUGCUCAGCGAGAAUCUUCCAACAAUUGUGUGAGUGUAUAUCGACAUUCUACAGAGCCAUCUUCGUUCAUCGUAAACCGAUCAACACAGAGUCACGAGGUUGUUGCGCCAAGUGCAGAUGCUAAAGCUGCCCGAGAUGGGUGGGAUAAGGUAUGCUAGAGCGCGCUUUUGAUGUGCUCAACUCUGCCAGAUGUUUCCUCGGUCGUAGCAAGCAUAGAUGGCGACAAUGCGAGAAUUGUGGUUUCGUAGAUUCAAGACCACUCUCAGCAAAGAUUUCUGGCAAAACGCCUCCCGGCGUGAUAGUGGUAUGGAUCGAGGUUAUGGGUAUGCGGAUGCGAGCAUGGAGGUUCAGGAACAUGAUCAAGCUUGCGAGGAGUUUGGGUCGUCGGGUUGACCGGCGUAGCAAGCAAAGGAGGAAGCCCUCGUCCAGAGUCGUCCAAUCUAGGCGAUCAAUUGGAAUGGAGUUCGGGGCUGAAUGGUUGGCCGACGGAGCAGGUGCCAGCUUGCGAGGCGAGGCUUGCCACGGCUUGCAUUCCAGAUGGCACAGACAGCACACGGUCCGGAUGCACCUGCACCGCAGCCGCAAUGUUCUUGGACACAGUGACAUUCAAGUUUGGCCCGCGUCUGAGACACGACACUCACUGCCGUACUGCUCUCCAUCUCCACCUACGCGAUCAGCUGUGCGCUCUCUGUCGCUUCCAUCGCAUUUCCUGUGCGACUUCAUCUGCCCUACCCUACACGCACACUCAGCCAGCAAACGCCUCUCCCGCCUCGCCUCUCCGAAUCCUCUCGAGCCUCGCUCGGGAGUCGGGUGCUCCUUCAACGGCGAGCCCAACAGACAGCGUCUGCAGCCGCAGCCCGUGUUUCCGAGUGACCUUUCCCACGUGCGCGUGACGACAACGCGCCUUCUGCUCAUACCCUCUCCAAGGCGCCCAGGUCAUGGAGUUGGACUGCUAAGCGAGCGCGAACGCACUUUUGGAAUGGGAUACUCGGGCAUUGCGCCCGGUCUCAGGCCCGCUGUUGAAGCGGACGCACUAUUUGCUGGCCUGGACGGACACCGGAGA